AUGAGCCAUCCUGAUCCCUCACCAUUAGCUGCUGGGGAGUCGAAAUCAAGUUCUCAAGAACUACCGGCGCCGGAACAACAAGACAUACCAACCGGGCUUGAUUCUAGUACCCAAGAGACUUUGCAGGUAGAUGGGGGACGUACGAUCCAUUUUGCUGAACCCGAAUUCCAGCCUCCAGGAUCGGUGCCCUUAGAAGAGCCUGAUACCCCAACCCGGUCUCGAACAAGCCUCAUGUCCAAGAUCAAAGCUCUCACAGCCAAUAACGGCUCUCAGACUCCAAAAUCGGUGAAUACACCGACGUUUCCGUCCGAAUUCGGUACACAGUCGUUCCCCAACUCUCCCACAGCCUCUAGAGUGACGACCCGAGUUCCAGAAGCUCUCAACGAAGAGCAAUCCGACGCCGAUGCCGAUGUCGAGACCGCAGAUGAGGCCGCUAUACCUGAUGCUGUCAAGAAAAACAAACGAAAGAGCCGGCGCUUCAAGAAAGGCUCCAUAUCCAACUUUCCAAACCCAAGCCGGUUUCCAAGCGACAUAGAUCCAUUCACAUUAAGCACAUAUGAUCGCCUACUGAGGCGCCGAGCAAGCAUGCCCGAUACGACACAGCCUGAUCAUGCUGUGUCUGAUGGGGAGAUUCGUGAGAGACGAAAGCCCUUUAGAAGAGGCUAUUCUUGGGUGAACAACACAAUGAGCCCUCCGGAUGAAGAUGUAGAGGACUUGGAAAACUCUACCGCUGUCGGGCGACGCAACGGGCACACACGCCGCAUCACUGUCUUUGGUGGUGGUGGAAUGUCUGAUGGAGACGCGUUGACCCCUAGGAAGCAUUUCUUCACCUCGGAGCGAGCCGAACGAGCCUCUAGCUAUGGCGCCCAGAAAUGGAAGCAGGUCAAAAGUACACUGAAGCUGCUCCGACAAAAGAAGGAGGAUCGUUUUGAUUACUACAAAUCUGCGGAACUAAUGGCUGAGUUGAGAGCUGGCGCCCCUGCUGUUCUGAUGCUUGCUAGUAUGAUUCAGCGAGACGAACACGGGAACAAGAGAAUACCUGUCCUUCUGGAACAGCUGAAGCUCAAGAUUAAGGACAGCUCGCCCAUGCCGGAUGAUGAUAAAGAGCGCCACUGGAUAUUCACAAUCGAGUUGGAGUACGGAAGCGGCCCGAGCAGGAUGAACUGGCUGGUCAUCAGAACUAUCCGGGAUAUCUAUAACCUACAUUUCCGGUACAAGUUUGCCCUGAACAACGACAAAUACAUGCUCGGGAAAGAUCUCGGCGGCCGUCCCAAGCAGCCCAAGUUCCCCUAUUCAGCCUUCCCUUACCUUCGUGGUGCUCGCAACAAGGGAGACGAGAGUGAGGACGAUGAGCAGGCUGACCAGGCUAGUGGUCGUGGUGAGGAGACUGCUGCUGAGAUGACAGCUGCCGAAGAUAUCGGCGAAGGACCGCAUCAACAUUCGAGAAAGAAGUCUCGGGGCAAUUUUCUCGGCAUGCGGCGAAGAUCCACCGGCUUCACCGAUGCAGGUGAAAUGUCCAUGGCCGAGAAUGCUGGCCUCGAUAAAGAGACCCGUAGACAGCGCUACGUGGAGAAGCAAAGGCGUAUCCUGGAGAAAUAUCUCUCUGAGAUGAUUCGAUGGCUAAUGUUCAGGGCUGACAGCAACCGCCUUUGCCGAUUCCUUGAGUUAUCGGCUCUGGGCGUUCGCCUGGCUGCCGAAGGAAGCUAUCAUGGGAAAGAGGGGUACCUCCAUCUCCAAAUGUCCAAGGGCCUUGAUUUCCGUCGUGUUCUGACCCCGGCAAAAGUCAUUGCUCGACACAGCCGUAAAUGGUUCCUCGUCAGGCAGAGUUACAUUGUGUGUGUGGAAUCGCCAGAGAACAUGAACAUUUAUGACGUUUAUCUUGUCGACACCAAGUUUAGCAUCGUGUCUAAGAGAAAGGCGCUGAAAAAUAUCGGCUCCAAGAAGAAGAAGACCGAAGACGAAAUGAAUAUGGAGCCAUCUCCCGAGAAACAUCACACGCUGAAAAUGCGCACAUCGGACCGUAAAAUACGGCUCUUCUCGCGUUACCAAUCGGUGUUGCGGCAGUUUGAGGACUCCAUCAACGAAAUGCUGAAGCAGACUAUUUGGUUCCAGAAGAAGCGGUUUGACAGCUUUGCACCUGUUCGGUCUGGUGUGUUUGCCCAGUGGCUGGUCGAUGGGCGGGAUUACAUGUGGAAUGUGUCGAGAGCCAUCAAUAUGGCACGGGACGUCAUCUACAUUCAUGACUGGUGGCUGAGUCCCGAGCUGUAUAUGCGCCGGCCUGCGUGUAUCAGCCAGAAAUGGCGACUGGAUCGACUACUCCAGAAGAAAGCAAGAGAAGGCGUCAAGAUCUUUGUGAUUAUCUAUCGAAAUGUCGAGGCGGCCGUCCCCAUUGACUCUGAAUACACCAAAUUCUCGCUCCUCAAUCUUCAUCCAAACAUCUUCGUUCAGCGAUCCCCAAACCAGUUCAAGAAAAACCAGUUCUUCUUUGCGCACCACGAAAAGAUCUGCAUUGUCGAUCACGACGUGGCAUUCUUGGGUGGUAUAGAUCUUUGCUUUGGCCGUUGGGACAGCCCACAGCACCCUAUAGUGGAUGACAAGCCGACGGGAUUCGAGCCAUCUGGGAUGCCCAAGGACUCUGAACACGUACAACUGUUCCCCGGAAAGGAUUAUUCGAACCCAAGAGUCCAGGACUUUUUCAACCUACACGAGCCGUACGAGGAAAUGUACGACCGGGGCAAGGUUCCCAGGAUGCCAUGGCACGACAUUUCCAUGCAAGUGGUCGGACAGCCCGCUCGAGACUUGACUCGCCAUUUCGUCCAGCGAUGGAACUACCUCCGUCGAGGGCGAAAGCCAACCAGGCCGUUGCCAUUCCUGUUGCCACCACCCGACGCGAAAUUCGAGGAUCUCGAGGCUCUGGGUUUGACAGGCACUUGCGAAGUACAAAUGCUGCGGUCUGCGUCAAAUUGGUCAUUGGGUACCGAUGACACUGAGCAUAGUAUCCAAACCGCCUACGUCCACAUGAUUGAAGAAUCGGAACAUUUUGUUUAUAUUGAAAACCAGUUCUUCAUUACGAGCACAGAGGCGUAUGGGGCCAAGAUCGUCAACCGCAUCGGAGAUGCCCUGGUUGACCGCAUCAUUCGCGCUCAUAGAAAUGGCGAAGACUGGCGAGCGGUCAUCAUCAUACCUCUCAUGCCAGGCUUUCAGAACACUGUUGAUGAGCAAGAAGGCACUAGCGUCCGAUUGAUUGUCAUGUGCCAAUAUCGCAGCAUCUGUCGAGGAGAGCACUCCAUCUUCGGACGCCUCCGUGCUGCGGGUAUCGAGCCCGAGGACUACAUAAACUUCUACUCGCUCCGUCAGUGGGGAGUGAUGGGGAAUGAAGCUCUUGUAACUGAGCAGCUCUAUAUUCAUGCCAAAGCUAUCAUCGUGGACGACAGAGUUGCGUUGAUUGGCUCUGCGAAUAUCAACGAACGGUCCUUGCUUGGUAGCAGAGACUCGGAAGUUGCGGCCAUAGUCCGUGACAACGACAUGUUGUGGUCCAAAAUGGCCGGCAAGCCUUACAAAGUUGGUCGAUUUGCCCACACUCUUCGGAUGAGGUUAAUGAGAGAGCAUCUUGGCUUGGAUGUGGAUGAAAUCCUAGAGCAAGAGCGAGAAGCAGAGGAAAUGAACGAGACCAACUUCGAGCAGGAGAUGGAUGCUAUAUACGAAGAGGGCACAACGCCUGUCGGCGAAAUGUCCAGCCCCAAGGCUCCGUCACUGCCUAUUAAUAAUCUUCGUUUGCCCAGCUUCAACCACGAUCUUGAUCUUGCGACAGUGGAGGCCACCCAAGACCUGGACUCCUCUUCCUUGAAAGGAAAAGAGGCUGAGAUCGACCCUCGUGUCACUGACAAGGACCACCAGCUGGAUUUGUCAGGGUUCGGCCCAGACCACUGGAAGUCGGCAGAAAAGUCGGGCGCGGAUGAAGGUCGAGAUUCUGUUCUGGUUGAUGGUCGUGAGGUUCUCUUACACGAUGGGAAGCGGUCUACGGAGACACACCAAGCCCCUCUGUCUCCUACUUCGCGCCGCCACCACACUGCACACCAGGAUCUCAACGAUAAGCCUGGCACCUCAUCCGCACCUCUUCCCCCAGCUAGCAGGAACGGAGCGGAGAGCCUGGCUACAGGUGCGCCAGCGGUGCCAUUGCCAGUCCUUGAUGACACAAACAUCGGUGGCCCUCCUUCGCAUCUUGAUCCCAAGACAGGCCGUCAAACGAACGAGCCAUUCCAUCCGAUGGCCGCAGAUAUUCUGCCUGCUCUCAUUGACAAAGACUGUAUGCAAGAUCCAUUGGAUCCCACCUUUAUGGACGAAAUCUGGAGUCGGUCUGCGCGCAACAAUACAGUGCUCUACCGCAGGGUUUUCCGCUGCAUGCCUGAUUCCAAAGUUGGCACUUGGGCUGAGUACCGUGAGUAUAUGGAUUACAACGUAAAGUUCCUCGCCAGCAUGGAGGGGAAGCCUGCCGGAGACGAAACUGAGCUUCGCCGUGAGGCAAGCCGGCAGCGCACCCCUGUUGAAGAUGCAGCUGUAAAGCAGGGCGACCAUCCCAAGAUUCAGCUGCCCGAGGAUAAUGGUGACGAUGAAAACGAGAAGCCUGCUUCUCGUGGCAGCAGUGGAGAGGAGCUGGCCCUCCGCCCUCCCACCACCGAUGGAGCAACUGACAAUCAGGGCUCGCUAGAACCACCCUCGCCUGUUUAUUCACCGGGAGAAGUACCGUUCCCUGCCAUGGAUACUUCUCCCUCGAAAUCAGUCUCACGAAGCAAAAGCAGAGACCGUAGACCGACUUUCUCAAACAUCGAGAAGCCGUCAUCCAGGGACACUAAUGCUGCUCCUCCUCUGACGCCAGCUGCUAGUGCACCAGUCAAGCGUCGUCGCCGGGCUACCACUAAGGGGAGCCGUCGUGGAGGCUUGAUUGAAGAGAUGCCAACGCGUGCCGAGGCUGAACAGCUUUUGGAGAUGGUUCAAGGAAAUUUGGUUGAAUUUCCAUACGAUUGGCUGCUUACAGAGGAGCACAAUGGGAACUGGGGUUAUCAGGUCGAUGGAGUGGCUCCCAUUACCAUUUAG